AUGGUUAUCGCCUUAGAAAAAAAACUUUUUCGUGUCGUACCAAAAACAUGUCUACUUCUACUUCUAGUGCAAGAACAGUUCUUAAAAGAAAUCGAUAAACUUAAUUUUACUCAAAACGAAAAAGCAAGCUUACGAUACUUAAAUAAAAUAAAGACUGACAAGAUGAGAAACUUUGAGUACUUUAGGUCCCAAAAUCCUUCCGUUCGGCCAUUUGUUGCCUUUACGCCAAAAACUAUUUAUCGAAAUCUGGCUCAAGGGCAAGGUUCCUCUUUUCGAGGCGAACCAUUUAGCCCUAUGCUUGUCGUGGAGGUUGAUGACAUAAAUACAGAUCGGGUCUACAAGCGAAACUCAAACAACAAUGUCUUUCAUCGUCACCGUGCUUGGGAAGACUUAGAUGGAGACGAUGCUUUGCCAGGUUUUAAGCUGAAUCGUCAGAGUCUUCGGGAUCAGGAGACGAAAAUACACAAUUG